CGACCCAAAAUUUCCAAAUGACCUGCAAAAGUAACCACAAAUCAGGCGAAAUAGACUUUAAUAUACAAAAUAUAGACUCAGCGAUUAAGACAUUGAAGUCUAAUGGUAGUACUGGAACAGACGACAUACCAUCUGUCAUAUACAAAAAUGGUAGCACGAAAAUGGUAGUCUUGUUACUUAGAAUAUUUACUCUCUCACUGGAAACUGGAACUUAUCCUGAAGUGCGGAAAACCACAUACAUAUUACCUAAGCACAAAUCAGGGGCCAAAACCAGUGCAUGCAACUAUAGACCUAUCAAUAUAACACCGGUAAUAUCACGAAUAAUGGAGAAAGUGUUUAAAGACCAAGUGUCAGACAACUUACUAGAACAUGAACUUAUCAAUCCAUCACAACACGGAUUCCUCAAAAAGAGAUCAUGUGUAACCUGUCACAUAGACUUCUUCGACGAAGUUACACGAAGUAGGGACAACAGAGAACUAGUAAUUGUGCUAUAUUUCGAUAUAACAAAAGCCUUCGACAGAGUUCCCCAUAAUCUGCUAGUCAGCAGAUUAUGCUCACUAGGGAUAUGUGACCCUCUCCUGGGCUGGAUAAAAUCAUUUCUCUGUGACUGAAGUCAGACAACGAAAGUUGCCUCGAUAAUCUCAAGGCCUAAACCAGUAAGUAGUGGUCUAGUCCAGGGAAGUGUAUUAGGCCCACUCCUAUUCAUAAUAUAUAUAAACAGUAUUUGCGAAUGCUUAAGUGUAGGUAAACCAGUACUAUAUGCAGAUGACUUAAAAGUGACGUAUAAAUACAAGAACACAGAUCUUGGAAUAACAGUAAACGACAUACAGCAAGAAUUAGAAAAAAUGGAUAGAUGGUGUGACACCUGGCAACUCCAAUUUAAUGUCGAAAACUGUGGCUGGCUCUGCAAAGAUUGCAACAAUUUAGAACUUGACCUGACAAUUCAAGGUCAUGCACUUCUACGACUGGAAUCUGUACUGGACCUAGGACUGAAAUAUUCACAUGAUUUAUCAUUUUCUGAACAUAUUUCCAAACAAGUGUCAAAGUCACGCAGACUUGUUGGCUAUCUACUCAGGAAUUUCUACAGAAAUGAGUCUAGAAUUCUGUUGUACAAGGUUUGCGUGCGUCCUUUAUUUGAUAACGGUUCAUUCAUGUAUAGUAGUAUA